UGAUAAUGCUACAAUAAUAUAAAUUGAUAUUUUCCAGGCAAGAUACUGUUACCGUUUGCGGCAGCAAUAGAAGCGGUAUGGGACACGUAUGCAAUGAUUCAGGGCUCACCACAGCGACAGUUACAGGUUGAACUCCGCGAUGUGUGCCUGUUUGUGCAGCCGCCGCUGCAUAUCAAGCAAGGGACGCGCUUGCGCGUCGUUUAUUUCCGCGGCAGUGGCAAAUUUGAGGUACAGAAUGAAAUGGGGCUUGUAGCGUCGGGCUUUAUCGCCAAUGCUUUUCGUCAAAAUAUGGGACAUUUCCGAAGCGCAUUUGAGUCAAAAGAAACGAUGGACCUUGUGUCUGACGACGUGUAUCAACUCUUUCACGAGAGGGAUUACCAAUAUGAAGGUGAAUUCCGCUCUAUUCACAAAGCAAACUCGUCGUUUACUGAAGCUCAAAUAAUCUGGAAAAACAACUGGGUAACUUUAUUGGAUGGAAUGCUACAGUUGGAUAAUUUGAGGCAAUCGCACUCUUCUUUCUCUACACCCAAUAAAAUUAGGAGGAUUGUGAUCGACAAUAAUAGGAUGACAGACGACAAUAUAAUAAAGGAACACGAUAAAAAAUUGCUACUAGCUCAAGUUUUCGAGGAAUAUGAUUACAUGAGAUGCGGUGGUAUUUUAUUAGAAAGUAUUAGGUACCAAGAAACAUCGAUUACAGAUGAAAUUUCAGCCAAUCUGAAGAUCGUAAAAUUUGUUCCCCACUUUGAUGCUAAUAUCGAUACUGCUGCCACCUGGAAAGUUUACUUGCAAAUAGUAUCCGAAAAUGUUAAUAAGGACUCUAUUAGUAUUGUGGGCAUUACAAAUCAAACGAAGGAUAUGUUUUGCGACCUAAAAGUUGGCCUCCAUAGCAUUGCUGGAAUAAGCUUUAACUAUAGCGAAAUGAGUGUCGAUAAGUUGUUAAUACUGGACAAAAAUUUUCUUUCUGAAACUGAUUUGGUCCUGGUUCAGAAUCUAUCGUUGGAUGAAUACAUGUGCCAAAUGUUAUACCGUGUAUUGAAACGAGACUCUUUCAUCGUGAACCGAGAAGAGACUGUCAAUGAUCGCGUACGACCAUCAGCUCUUUACAGUGUUCUGUCUUCACACAGCAUAAAUCAUACAAAACUAGAACUUUUGAAAUGGAGACCCAUACACGUGACUUCCGAGUCUGCUGUUAUAACUGUCCGUACAGCUAUUGACUUAGAUUACCUGGCAAAUACCAGAUUAUCUCUUUCGUGUCGUAAGAAGCUCGUAAUUUUGUCUCCGUACCCCUCUGUACCGGGAUUGAAAACCGUUGUAAAACAAUGGAGAAAAGAAACAGAUCAGCCCAUUUACCUGGUUUCUGUAACCGACGGAGAUAAUAUGGAACAAUUACCUGAUACAAAUCUGGCGUUUAGUGUAUUGUGUAAUGGUGUUUGGGGUGGGGAGUAUUAUUUGCCAUGCCCUGAAGUAAAAGCAGUGGAAAAUAGAAUGGUACUUCGAAGCGGUCAAGUCGGUGAUAUUAACUCUAUGUUUUGGAUGGAAACCUCAGAUGUUGAAAAUUCUAAAUUGAAAGUUGUGGUUCAUUACGCAGCGUUGAGCAAUUUGGACAUGCAAAAAGCAACCGGUGUGGUGUCAGUCACAACUGAUCAUCUUAACAGCAAUUGCUACGGAAUGGACUUCAGUGGAGUGACUGAGAGUGGCGAGCGAGUGAUGGGUUUGCUACCUAGAGGUGCAGCAAGCACUACGGUGUUAGCAAUCCCCGAACUGGUGUGGCCUGUCCCUAAACACUGGACCCUCGAAGACGCUGUCACCGUACCCUCUGCUUUCGCUCACGCUUACUAUAUCCUUCGCCUGAAAAUGGACUUUAUUGGACAUAUGCAUUCCAUAUUAAUUCACGGAGGAGCUGGUGCAUUGGGACAAGCCCUGAUCUCAAUCGCGCUCUCGGCGGGCAGCGAAGUAUUUACUACAGUGAGCGACAUAUCGAAGAAGCGUUUUUUGACUAGACUUUUUCCGCAACUGAAAGAGGAUCACAUUUUCAAUUCCCGUGACCCUUCAUUCUCAGAUAUGGUCAUGUUUCAGACCAAUGGAAAGGGGUGUUCUGCUGUUGUCACAGCAGCUAAAGGGGAACUUAAAGAGAUGUACUGCAAAGUAUGCAAGCAUUCUGGUUUCGUGUGCGAUGUCGAUCAGAGUAACAGCCAAGAAAAUUUUAUUUUCAAGAUGAACUAUCUAUCUCGUGAACGAAAUUACGCCCGCAUUAAUUUCAACAACGUUUUCGACGAUCCUGAGGCUAUCAAAGCGAUUCAAACUUUGAUGAGCGAAGGUAUCGCCCGUGGUUUUGUGCGUCCUCUGUCGCGAGUUAUCUACGACGCAGUUGAUAUUCCACGUGCGUUGAAUCUAUUGGCUUCAUCGGCUCAUCGUGGCCGAGUAGUACUGCGAAUGCACCAGAAAGUGCCAGCCUCUCAGCCAAGGAUCACCUGUUCGCCAGCACUAUCGCACGUGGUGGUUUGUGCCGACGAAAUCGUUGGCAUCCAAUUAUCUGACCGUUUGGUUCGUCGUGGAGCGAAGAAAUUGUUAUUACACGUCUGCGGAUCCUCUGGUUAUCUUCGACAAAAGAUUCGUUCAUGGGAAAAUAAUGGUGUCAACGUGAAGAUCGUUUCUGUAGAUUUAGACAUGAAGGGCGUGACGAAUCUUUUGAAUGUAAGCAAUCACAUUGGACCAGUUGAGGGCAUAUUUAUGACCGUGAACAAUUGUCAUGGAAAUAAAGUAGUUGACAAUUUAUCAACGUUGACAAAUUUGGACUUGGCGUCAAGGAAACUGUGCCCAUCGUUAAGGUACUUCGCAGUAAUCAACUCAGGGAGUAACAUCGGAAGGAAGACGUGUCUGGAGAGAUCUCGUCUUUGUUUACCUGCUACAACAGUUGACUUACAUGCGUUUUCCAAUUCUGACGAGGCAGUGUCCGGAAAGCUGACAUGGCGUAGUUUGAUCGACGCCACUGAGGCUGCCGUAUGCAGUGCUCAAGUGGAUGUUGCUGCUUUCCCGCAGAGACGAGUGGCCAAGACAGUCACUGAACAAAUAGCUGACUUGGCUAGUAUACAAUUGUCGGACGAUCCUGAAAUGACGUAUCUUGUGAAUCCUGCCAAAGCGCCAAUCAUUCAGACGUUCCUUCGAACUAUGCACAAUGUCCCUGUUGAUGCUGAGGAUUUAAUCACGUUGACAGCUGCUAAGCUAAGAAGCAUCGAAAAGUACCUAGGGGAAGAAGUAAGAAAGGAGUUGCAUGGCCUGGGCACCUUUUACUCCUACGAAUAUUUCGAUGAGUUAAAGGAUACCGUUCCCUUGGUGGCGCUGCAGACUCUUACCGAAGCAGAGCCACAGGAUUAUGAAGAGUUCGAUGUAACGAAGCAAUAUGUAUGCAUAGUACCAGGCUUAGAAGGGCAUCAUGCUCGUUUCCGCUUGAUGUGCGAGCGAUUCAAGACAGGGGCGGUGGUGCUUCAGCCCAGCCUUGACUACCCUUAUGACACAGUGGAGCAGACAGCUGAUAAAUAUGCCCAGUUACUCCGAGACAAAGUGAAUAUUCAAGACAACUUUUACCUGGUGGGUUACGAGAGUGGUGUUCUGGCUGUGUUAGAUAUUGCCGCCAUUUUGGAAGACUGCGGUCUUAAAGGUACCGUGUUUUGCGUUGGUGGCGCCCCCGAAGAGUUCCAGGCGACCCUCAAACACGAGCUAAGAGAGUACCAAUCGGAUGAGGAGCUGCAGAACGCCGUCAUCAGGCACAUGUUUGUGUUGAUGAAGGGUGACGAUUGUGGCCUUGAUGAGCUGCAAGAGUUGGAAAAGGUAUCUACAUUUAAAGAGAAGAUAGAUGUGUGCAUGCGACUGUUGCUCGGACGUGUGCCUCACUCAGCACAGUAUGCGAAAACGCUAAUCUUGUCUGCAUACACGCGGAUCAAGCUAGCACUGCAGUACAAACCACAGCCGAGGCAGCUCAAUUCUAGAGUAAUUCUCCUACACUCACCAUCGAUGAUACUUGAAGACCCUCGCGACACCCCAGUAACAUUACUCCAACAGUACUCCAAACAACCAGUCGUAGUUCACGAGCUGCAUGAACCUCUAGCAUACGCCGCCCUCGAUCUUCGUAUCCCGGCAAUCAUCAACACCUAUUUCGAUAAAAACAUCAAAGAAGCUUACGGAAAAGCCAAUCGAUGCGAAAAUCACAAGGUUAUGGGUGCUCUAUUCUGUGAUUCUCAAGACUUUGAUAUGAACCAAUGUUAAUUCUAUAACUCGGAAUGCAAUUUGAGUUCUGUGUUUAGUUGUUAUGAUGUAUUUAGAUAUAUAUACACACAUCUAUUUCUUAAUCUG